AUGCCUAGGAAAGUAGACAAGGUAUAUCAGUUGACUAGAGGUCAAAUGACCAUGUCAAUGAAUAAAGAAAAUUUAUUCAAUUUAUACAGAAAAGAACCUUUGAAAUAUAUUGGUAAAACUUUAUAUCAACAAAAAUGGGCUGCUAAAUCUGAAACAAGAACUUAUCAUGGUGAUCAUAUAAGAGAAAAACAAUUUAAGAAAGUAUUAUUUGAUUCAAACUUGAAAAGUUAUUCACAAUUAGAUUCAAGUUUAAAAGGUGAUAAUACCCCAACUCCAAUUACUUUACAAACUUUUGCAACUAUUGAAAAAAGAUUAGAAAUUGCAGUAUUUAGAUCAAUGUUUGCUUCUUCUGUAAGACAAGCAAGACAAUUUAUACUAGGUGGUGAAGUUAAAGUUAAUGGAGUUACUAUAAAACAUCCAAGUUUCCCAUUAAAACAAGGUGAUGUGUUCAGUGUUAAUCCUGAAAAAGUUUUAUAUGCCUUGGGUAAAUCAAAACCAGGUUUAGAUAAAUCAAUUAAAUUAACUAAUGAGAUAAUUGGUGCUUGGAAUAAUUAUGUUUCAAAAGCUAGAUCUAAUCCAAAAUUAUUUCAUGAAAUGAAACAAAAUCAACCCCCUUCAUUUGAUGUUAUACAAAAUAUGGAAAUAAAUGAAAAUAAAUCAAAUAAUCAAACAAAUUCAGAAAUUACAAUGAAACAAUUACAAAAAAAUAUAACUAGAGAAUCAAUAUUGAAAGAAAUUAUACUAAUAGGAAAUAAAUCAAAAGAACCAACUAUUGAAAUAUUUGAAAAAUUUGGUACUAAAAACAAUUCAAAUUCAAAAUGUUUACAAAUUUAUCAACAAUUAAAAUCAAUAAAUCAUUACUUAGUUACUGAACCAACUAAUGAAAAAAUAGAGCAAUUCUUUGUUAAAUCUGAAGAAAAAGAACACAGUGAACAAUUAUUACAAAGACAAAUUAAUAGUAUAUUAAGAGAAUUGAAAAAUAGUGAAUAUGAAAGAAUAAGAAUUUUACAUCAAGAAGAUAAAUUAACAGGUAAAUUUUAUAAUGAAAAACUUGUCAACAAUUUAAAAUAUACCCCCAAAUUAAAUAAAGAAGAAGUUUCAGAAGAUGAAAGUUUGGCUAAAGUUGAUUUCAAAUUUUUGAAUAAUUUGUAUGGUAGAAAAGAUCCAAAUAGAAGUUAUUUUACACCAUGGUAUCCUAAACCUUUUAUUGCACCAUUUGCUAUAUUACCUUCUCAUAUUGAAAUUUCAUUUGAUACAUGCCAUGCAGUAUAUUUAAGAGAUCCAAUUGCAAGACCUGGUCAUUCAGAAGUUAUCUCUCCAUUACCUGAACAUGUUCAUGAUAGAACUUAUAUGUGGUAUGCUAGAAAAGGUAUGGCAUAA